AUGAAAGAGAGUCUAAAAACUUACCUGGAGAAACCUCCUAAGGAACGGAAGGAACUGUAUCCUUUCUUUGAGAUGUCUCAACCUCAGAGUCAUAGGACAUACACAAAAUUAAUCAAUCAGAUGUUACAGUCAGAAAGAGAAGCUUGGGCUGAAAAGAUUCAAGACCUCUUGAAAUUAGAAUCAGCAAACGAAAAAAUAAGCCUAUGGAAUUUCCUUUUGGAGCUCAUCAACCAUAUGCCAACUCAAGCUGUACAGGUCACUUUGAUGGCAGCUUUGAAGGAGCAAGAAAAGUUCUUCAUGAGAGAAGGCUCGGUAAAUGAAGACAUGGAAAAACUUUUAGAUGAGGUAAAGCUUAAAUGCGUACAUGAGAUCAAAUAUCAUGCAACCUCUUUGAAAGACCAACCUAAAUUGAUGUCAUGGGAUCACGACACCACUCGCAGCAAAUCCGAUAGGUUCCAGAAUAUCUUUACAAAGCAAAAACAAGAAAAACUUGGAAAAUAUAAAAUGAAACUCGAACAGGAAUGGCUCCCAUCUCAAGCGAACAACUUAUUUGAAUACUGGGCCACACCUCACAUUGAUUACUUUUGGAUAUCUGAAGAUAUGGAUGUUUAUCUUAAAGUGAAAGCUUCCUUUAAAGCCAACAUCGAAAACCAAGUCGUCCUAAUAAAUUUGAUCCAAGCACGACAGAAUAAUUUUGAAAAAAUCAAAUUGGUUCCAGAGUUUGAACAAUGGAUUGCAUCACAAAUUGAGAAAUUGACCCAUGAAUUGAUAGAUUUUAUUAACACCUUGAAUGAUGAAUGCAAGCAAGAAUUGACAAUUCUCUUUCAAAAUGGAUUUGUGAUUUCUAGAGAAAUUAUAAAAUUUGAGAGCCUUCAAUUACAAUUAAGUGAUGGUUUUGCAAUCAUUGGGAGUUGGACUCCGGGACAGAAAAAGAAACUCUUGACAUUUUGGUCAAAGAAUAUACCUUUUUAUCUUGAAAUCAAAGAUACAGAAGCAAAGGAAACUUGGCUUCCCAACCUCGAAGAAUUGAUUCUACAAGACACAGAUCAUAUGGAAAGUGUUAUACAAGAUUUCCUCAAGAUCCCAAUUCCUUCAAACUCUGAAGAGUCUACUUUGGAAAGAUUUCUUAAGUUUCAUGUUGAAGAAACUCGCGCUCAAAGUGUAAAAAAGAUGUCUGAAAGAGGUUUACAAUAUGGCACAACCGCAUGA